AUGCGAUUGUGCGCACCUGUACUAGAAAUUGACUAUCUCAUCUGUGGAGACUGUGGCAAAGAAUUCAUGGAUUCCUACCUUAUGCAGCACUUUGAUUGGGCAACAUGUGAUAAUUGCAGAGAUGCUGAAGAUAAACAUAAGCUUAUAACAAGGACAGAAGCAAAAGAAGAGUAUCUUCUUAAAGACUGUGACUUAGACAAGAGGGAGCCAGUGCUUAGAUUCAUUGUGAAGAAAAACCCUCACAAUCCACGAUGGGGUGACAUGAAACUCUAUUUAAAACUGCAGGUAAUCAAGCGUUCUCUUGAAGUCUGGGGUAGUGAAGAAUCAUUGCAAGAAGCAAAGGAGCUGCGCCGUGACAACAGAGAAAAGAUGAAACAGAAGAAGUUUGAUAAGAAAGUUAAAGAGCUCCGCCGUGCUGUGAGGAGUAGUUUGUGGAAGAAAGACGCUAGUAUCCACGAACACGAGUAUGGACCAGAAGAGAACAUUGAUGAAGAUACAUAUAAAAAGACAUGUACUAUAUGUGGCCAUGAAUUAACUUAUGAGAAGAUGUAGUGUUAAUUUUUUUUUUUUAAAUUCAUUAUCUUUCUAAUAUUUUGUAUUAAAGUCAAAUAAAUGCUAAUUAUUAACAAAUUGUUGCCAAA